CGACUACCGGUGCGCGUCUUCACUGCACUGUUGGAUCACCUUAAUGUCUUGGAAAGCAACUUUGCACUGUGUAUAGAAUAGGGAGAACUGUGACAGGUUUCGUAGCUUGACAGGUGGUGCCAUUAUACAGCUUUGCUAAGCUACGUACUCUGUCACUGUGGUUCAUAGCUCUACUCCCGCCAUUGCGUGCUGUUGGGUAGCAAGUCGGAGCAGCCGGUCCCGAUCGCCGAGCCGCGACAAAUGUCCUCUUACAAAGAUCAAGGCAAUGAGGAGUUUAAGAAGGAGAACUACCUAAAGGCGGCGGCGCUUUACACUAAAGCCAUUAAAGAGGACCCACAGAAUGCCGUGCUCUUCAGCAACCGCUCUGCUGCGCUGCUCAAACUGAACAAGGUCACCAAGGCCUUGGAGGACGCGGAGGCCUGCAUCUCCCUCAAGCCCGACUGGGAGAAGGGCUACUUCCGGAAAGGUGCCGUACUGGAGGCCCUCGAUAAGCUGCAGGAGGCUCUGGAUGUGUACCAGGCUGCUGCCCGGCUGGGUGGCGGCGAGGGAGCCAACAAGGAGCUCGCCGUCAAGAUCCGCAACCUGGCAAAGCUGCUCAAGUUUAAGACCACACACAAGGAGGAAACGCUCGAGUCGCUGCUGCUGGCUGCGGUCGCACCCGCCGCCUCCGCAGCAGCAGCAGCCAACGGAGCCUCACAGCCGGGCGGAGGGCGGUUGGCGGGCUUCUGUCGCGACAUGGCGGCCCAUGCACUGGAGCGAGUGGCGGAGUCGGGAGCCACCUUCCCGCCCUCGGUGCACUUCCUGCCGGGCCCCGGCUCCGCCCCUCACGAGGAGCGCGAGGAGCACGUGUCCGCUGCCGCCGCGUUCGGCUCCCCGGAGCUGCUGGGGGGCUUCGUGAGCGGCAUGCGGGCGGAGGCGGCGCGGCUGGCGGCGGAGGCGGUGGUGGCGGUGGUGCCCAAGGCGGCGGUAGCGUACCCGCAGCUCUGGACGCGCAAGGGCUGGCCGGCUGCUGCGGGGCCCAAGCAGCAGCCCGGGCUCUUCGUGCAGCUGGAGGUGCGGGGCGGGGCGGGCCGCCGACACGCCUGGUUCCUGCCUGUGCGACCGGACAAGACGACAGAGACGCCUGUAGCGCUUAACGUGGAGGACUUUGGGCUGCUGCCGACGCUGCUGGGCUAAUGGGCUGGGAAGGGCGUGGGAAGGAGUGAAUAACCUUGUUAGCCGGGUGCAGUAUGGGAAGGAGAGGAGCGGAAUUGUAGUCAAGGGGUGAGGACGUGAUGGAAAAGCGUGACAGGAGUAGGGUAGGGGCCUGGGGUCUGGUUGCCGGAGCUGUAUUCGGGGACGGGGUUGAAUACAGAUCAAUAUCUUUGGUGACCCGUGGGUCUUUCCUGCAUGUGGCGUUGCGCUGGGGUGCUUGCAGAAGCCGGGAGGGGGCAGCCACAGCACUGAGAGUGCAAUGCGAUGCGACGCACUUCAUGCAUCAUGUGAAGAGGUGGUGUGUACCGGUACUGGAGCGGGAGGUUGAGGCGCAGCAAGGGGCGCACAAGGAGGGUUCCUCCGGGCUGAAGUGCGGGGUAUCGUUGCUGCGGUGUGACAGGAAACAUUCCGGUAGUACCAGCAGUCGGGCAGCCCACAUGCGCGCACGCUCUUUGAAGAGUGAUGAUGAUAGGGCAACGCCGCCACUGAAUCCUGCUAUAAACACCCGAGUGCGGGCACGCGAGAUGAUCUGUCAUUGCUGGGGUUCAA